ACACAACAGGGCAAGAACUAGUAGGUUAACUGUAUGCCUGGAAUUUCUACCUCACCUACAUGUUCCCGGAGCAAAUAGCCUUAAAUCUUUGCGCUAUUUAAAGUCCCUAGUGACGAUAACAUUGUUGUACCUCAGCAAAGUUCAUAAUUAAUUGUUUCCGAGGGAGUUUAUGCUUGAUUUUGGUCAGGCAUAUAUUUGGGCAGCUCACCUGAAACGAACAAGGAAGGCGGGGGAAGAAAGCGGAAGCCGCGGGGCCUUCUAAGUCCGAAAGUCUCCGGAGCUUGCGCCUGGCUCUUCGCGGCGUCCACCACUUAGACGCAAGUUGUUGAAGCCGGCGGGGGAGAAGGCGUUGUUGCCGGAGCUGAGACCGGGCGGCCACAGUCCGCAGGGAUGAACCUCGAGUUGCUGGAGUCCUUUGGGCAGAACUAUCCAGAGGAAGCUGAUGGAACUUUGGAUUGUAUCAGCAUGGCUUUGACUUGCACCUUUAACAGGUGGGGCACACUGCUUGCAGUUGGCUGUAAUGAUGGCCGAAUUGUCAUCUGGGAUUUCUUGACAAGAGGCAUUGCUAAAAUAAUUAGUGCACACAUCCAUCCAGUGUGUUCUUUAUGCUGGAGCCGAGAUGGUCAUAAACUCGUGAGUGCUUCCACUGAUAACAUAGUGUCACAGUGGGAUGUUCUUUCAGGCGACUGUGACCAGAGGUUUCGAUUCCCUUCACCCAUCUUAAAAGUCCAGUAUCAUCCACGAGAUCAGAACAAGGUUCUCGUGUGUCCCAUGAAAUCUGCUCCUGUCAUGUUGACCCUUUCAGAUUCCAAACAUGUCGUUCUGCCGGUGGACGAUGACUCCGAUUUGAACGUUGUGGCAUCUUUUGAUAGGCGAGGGGAAUAUAUUUAUACGGGAAACGCAAAAGGCAAGAUUUUGGUCCUAAAAACAGAUUCUCAGGAUCUUGUUGCUUCCUUCAGAGUAACAACUGGAACAAGCAAUACCACGGCCAUUAAGUCAAUUGAGUUUGCCCGGAAGGGGAGUUGCUUUUUAAUUAACACAGCAGAUCGAAUAAUCAGAGUUUAUGAUGGCAGAGAAAUCUUAACAUGUGGAAGAGAUGGAGAGCCUGAACCUAUGCAGAAAUUGCAGGAUUUGGUGAAUAGGACCCCAUGGAAGAAAUGUUGUUUCUCUGGGGAUGGGGAAUACAUCGUGGCAGGUUCUGCCCGGCAGCAUGCCCUGUACAUCUGGGAGAAGAGCAUUGGCAACCUGGUGAAGAUUCUCCAUGGGACGAGAGGAGAACUCCUCUUGGAUGUAGCUUGGCAUCCUGUUCGACCCAUCAUAGCAUCCAUUUCCAGUGGAGUGGUAUCUAUCUGGGCACAGAAUCAAGUAGAAAACUGGAGUGCAUUUGCACCAGACUUCAAAGAAUUGGAUGAAAAUGUAGAAUACGAAGAAAGGGAAUCAGAGUUUGAUAUUGAAGAUGAAGAUAAGAGUGAGCCUGAGCAGACAGGGGCUGAUGCUGCAGAAGAUGAGGAAGUGGAUGUCACCAGCGUGGACCCUAUCGCUGCCUUCUGUAGCAGUGAUGAAGAGCUGGAAGAUUCAAAGGCUCUAUUGUAUUUACCCAUUGCCCCUGAGGUAGAAGACCCAGAAGAAAAUCCUUACGGCCCCCCACCGGAUGCAGUCCAAACCUCCUUGAUGGAUGAAGGGGCUAGUUCAGAGAAGAAGAGGCAGUCCUCAGCAGAUGGGUCCCAGCCACCUAAGAAGAAACCCAAAACAACCAAUAUAGAACUUCAAGGAGUACCAAAUGAUGAAGUCCAUCCACUACUGGGUGUGAAGGGGGAUGGCAAAUCCAAGAAGAAGCAAGCAGGCCGGCCUAAAGGAUCAAAAGGUAAAGAGAAAGAUUCUCCAUUUAAACCGAAACUCUACAAAGGGGACAGAGGUUUACCUCUGGAAGGAUCAGCGAAGGGUAAAGUGCAGGCGGAACUCAGCCAGCCCUUGACAGCAGGAGGAGCAAUCUCAGAACUGUUAUGAAGACCUUUGAAGUUCUUCAUUCUUUCCCACUUUGCCAUCAUGUGGCCUCUGGACACUGUGGUCAGUCAUUUGAAAAUUGACUUUAAUUUAAAACAAAGGCCUGUGCCUCCCACCCAGGAGGUGGGAGGGUGAAUUUUAUGUUUAAAUGAAGAAGUGAAUUAUGGAAGAAGAGUAUACGACCUUCCCUUCCCUUUCAAGCAUAAGUCCAAAUAGACUCUCAGGAAUGAAGAUUUGUGAAGACAUCAGAUAGGAAUUUUGACUCAUUUAAACUUUGAUGCUUAGUUAUGUUGCUGGAGAAAAGAUACCUAUGUUUUGCUCAUCUAACUUUAUUGUACCCAGCGUCAUUUUGACAUGUCAUUUCCUAUCUCCCAUUUGCCUUCUGUCCUCAAUGCAUGUCUUUGAGUGACUUCUUAUCUGAAAUUUUGCUACUGGUAUCCUAGGAAAGCUUUUGUUGCAUACUCUCAUUUUAAACUUCUCCUCUCCCCAGAUACCUCCUAUAUUUCCAUAUUGUGUGCAAAGGAUGGGCAGAAAAGAAAGUGCUUGAAAGAUUUCAAAUUUUCAGAAAGGGAACAAUGAAGGCCCUCUCUUCCUCCUAUGCCACGUUUUGCUCAAGAAGCUGGGCUGUAACAAUUCAGGGUUUUCCCUUGUUUUCCUCUCAUUGCAUGUUUCCCUCCAAUAUUGGUUCAUUGUCAUUAAUCAUGGAUUUGAAGAUAGCUAGUUUUAUCCAUCUCUAGCAAAGAAUCAUCAGUAGUUUAUAUUGCUUUACCUGUGCUGGCUUCCAGAGAUGGAAACAAACCCAGGUGUCUCUCAACAAGCUACUUUUUUACUGGGGUGGGGGAAUCUAUGCAAGGAGUAAAGUAAAACCAUCCAGAAUCAAAGCAGCAACCACAUAGUUCAAAUCAAAGAUCAAGGUGAAUUUUUUGUAUCACUGCCUGUGGAAAUCUAUCCUCAUCAGUCAUUGCAUUUUUCCCUGCCUUUACCUGUGCUCCUUUUUCUUACUGUGUUUUCAGUCACUUCCUUUCUGUGAAAGGUUGCUUAGCUUUUUUUUUUUUUUUGACAUUUGUUGUUCUUUAUAUAAAAAUAGAAGAUUGGAUAGAUGUGUACAUUUGGUGUUUGAAAUUCUCUGAAAAUCCCAUUAGGAAACCAGGUGUGAAAAGGGCUCAGUAGCUUCUCUGAGUGGCGUUUUUAGCUGACUGGAAGUGCUUAACCUGGAUCGUCUUUUUUUUUUCUUUCAGUAUUUUAAAAGGAGAAUUUAAAUACUGUGCUUACUGUGAAAUAUAUCAGUUGGUGAGCCGGGCGCAGUGGGUCACGCCUGUAAUCCCAGCACUUUGGGAGGCCAAGGCGGGUUGAUCACCUGAGGUCAGGAGUUCGAGACCAGCCUGGCCAACAUGGUGAAAGCCUGUAUCUAUUAAAAGACAAAAAUUAGCUGGGCAUGGUGGCGCAUGCCUGUAAUCCCAGCUACACCAGAGGCUGAGUCAGGAGAAUCACUUGAACUUGGGAGGCAGAGGUUGCAGUGAGUGGAGAUUGCACCACUGCCUUCCAGCCUGGGUGACAGAAUGAGACUCUGUCUCAAAAAAAAAAAAAAAAAAAAAAAAAGAUAUCAGUUGGUGGAUGCUCCUAUAGGUAGCCAAACACAUUGAUUACCUGUUAGAUUUUAGGAUAGAAAUCAAAGUAGAGCACGUCAGCAAGAGCCUCUUUGUCUCACUCCGUCAUUUAGAACCAGUAUAUUCAGUAGUUGAAGAAAGAGCUCUCCCUGAGUCAGUUGCAAAACAUCUAUAUUUUUAGAUGCCGCUACUUUUUUCUUAAAUACUCAUUUUGAGACUGUCUUGAGUUAGACCAGUGGUUGAGAUUAGUAGAUGGCUCACUAGACAUGUUUUUGUUUUGCAGACAUUAUAUCCAUUCCAGUCCUCUGCACUGUACACUGCAGCAGUGUGCAAACUAUGGGACUUAGAGGGUUUCUGCCAUCUUUCCAUGUGUGAAGUAGCUUGGUGUCCUCUGCCUGUGCAUUUGGAUGUUUGUGCUAUGUCCACCUCCUAAACUGGCUACUGAGAAAAUCAUCUUCAGCCCUGUCAGAUUGUCUCUGGCAGUAGCUCCUAAUAAUUAUUUAUGUUUUUGGAAUUUUUUUUUCAACUUUUAAAAAACUUUCUAUCCAUUUCAAUUUGAAUUAUUUGAUUUGUAACAUAUAUGUAUAUUCUCUUCUUCCUUUUUGUCAUUCCUGCCCUGCCACCCCCAAAAUUCUGUUUUUAAAAAUAUUCUGGGCUGGGCACGGUGGCUCACACCUGUAAUCCCAGCACUUGGGGAGGCCGAGGCGGGUGGAUCAUCUGAGGUCAGGUGUUCGAGACCAGCCUGGUCAACAUGGUGAAACCCCGUCUCUACUAAAAAUACAAAAAUUAGCUGGGCGUGGUGGUGGGCGCCUGUAAUCCCAGCUACUCGGGAGGCUGAGGCAGGAGAAUUGCUUGAAUCCAGGAGGCAGAGGUUGCAGUGAGCUGAGAUUGCGCCACUGCACUCCAACCUGGGUGACAGAGCAAGACUCUAUCUCAAAAAAAAAAAAAAAGAAAAAACUGUAGUUUUGUACAAGAUGAGACUUAGCCUUGGGUACUUCUUGCUGAAGCUUUAAUGCUUUGUAAAUAAAAUCGGAUGUUUAUUAAAGAA